UCGUUACAUGGCUGGCUGAUUUUUGAAGGCGUCUGAGGAAGAAGAAGAAGAAGAAGAAGAAGAAGAAGAAGAAGAAGAAGAAGAAGAGAAAGAAGACGCACGCACAACCAGCCAGCACAACCCUCAACCCCCCAACCCAACUCAGCCACUAUCAGUAUCUCCCUCCCACCACCCCACAAGCCAGCACCCCCGUCACCAUGUCAAACACGCACGAGCACAAAACCUACACACGCGCACGCGCACGCACUCUCAUCUCACCCAUCCCACUUCACACACGUAAUCCCGUACCCCGCACACUCACUCAGUCGGCGCAGAAACGCAAAAAAGGAAAACAAAAAAGAAAACGAAAGCAAAGCAAAAAGAAAAAAAAAAUCUUCACCCUGUGCGACAGUGGAAGCAGAGCGGGACUCGCGUUGCGCUACCACUGCGGCUGUGGACCUGUGGUCCUGCGGCUCGCCAUGCGUUCUCGUCUGCGAGGAGCUGCGCGCUGCAUGUGUACGCGUUGUGUACUGCGUUGUGUACUGCGUUGUGUACUGCGUUAUGUACUGUGUUGUGCGUUGGGCUGCGCUGCGCCGUCGAUGCGGGAUGCGGGAGGCGGGGUGGAUCUUGGUGCGCGAAUGGAGGGGAGGGGAGUGGAGUGGAGGGAAGGGAAGCGGAGGGGGUAGGGUGUUGUGUAGAUGGAUGGAUAUGUGCUUUGCGACUGGCAAGGAAUUAAAAAAUAAAUAAAUAAAUAAAAAAUAACUUUUUCUCGUGCAUAAACAAAC